AUUCUAAAUCAGUUUUCGAGUCAACGUUCUCUAGUUCAGACCUCUAAAAAAAAACUAAAAUCUUAAAAUGGCCAAGAUUGCUGUGAUCUUCCUUCUCUUCGCUCUGUUUGCCAUCGCCAUGGGUGUGCGCCAGUCCCGCGAAGAUCCCAAAGAAACUAACCAAAUUACUGAUGGAUUCCAAAAAUUUGUUGAUGAUGUAAAUAAGUUCGUCAAGGAAAAUAUCAAUGCGGAGAAGUUUGCUGAGUUCCAGAAGCAAGUGGAGGAGACCAAUAAAAAAGUGCUUGAUGCUGUGAAGAAGGCUUCUGAUACUGUGAACCAAAAUAUCCAGAAAGCCCAGGCUUAAAAAAUUCACAAAAGAUCAAAUGUAAUAAAAAACGUAUUCAAAGAUUCAUUUUA